AUGUCGGCCAAUUUCCCAUUGCAUGGACAACAAUCCCAGCAAUCUUCUUCUCAACAACAUUUUUACAACAACAACAACAAUAGAAAAAGAAGGGCAGCGCCACCACUGGGUUUAAGAGAGUUGGAAAAAGCGUUGGACAUGACUAAAUUUUGUGAACAAUUGAGACGGUUAAUUGAUCAACCAAUCAAAAUUCCAAGUACGCUUUCAAUGUGUCCUGCUGGUCAAGUAGCUAGAAGUAGACAUGUUCCUGGAAAAGCAAAGAGGGAUCUUUUGUCAGUUGAUGAUAUUUGGGCCGAUGACACCGAAAAACAAAAGGAAGACAAAAAAUGUCUUUACAACGUAGAAGAUGUAGAUGAAGAAAGGAAAUGGUUAUUGGAUUUAUUGUUGGAGGAAUCUGAUGCGGAUUCUGGUAUUUUUUAA